UCCAGCGCAAGUAAUUCUGUUUACAACCAGAUCACACAAGGUUCAAAACAACACAAAACUGCCGUCUCGCUUUAUUUAGUCAGUUACCAGUUAGCAGAAAUGAAAUUGAGUACUUUAAAUACAAUUUUAACAAUCUCCAGUUUGAUAGGGCUAGGUCUGUCCAUUUAUGCCUACUAUGUAGGCUUGAAUUUGGAAGUGGACCCCCAAUACGAACCCUUGUGCGAUAUACAUUUUAGAAUAAGUUGUUCGAAACCAUUUAUGUCCCGAUAUGGGAAAGGAUUUGGGUUGUUUCCCAAGGACAGUAUAUUUUACAAACCCAACAGUUUGUUCGGCAUUUUCUAUUAUAGUUUAUUAACUAUUUUGGCUCAGACUAAUACAAAAUUCACGACAACGAUAUCAUUUAUAGCGAUACUCUUCUCGAACGUUGCUUCCUUAUGGUUCGCUUAUAUUUUGUAUUUCAAAUUGUUUGACUUAUGCCUCGUGUGUGCUGGAACUUAUGUCGUCAACUUCACAAACCUGUUGUCUGUUAACUUAAAAUUGAAAGAGGUGAACGACGCAAUUAUGAGAGAAAAGAAAAAGAAAAGGGAGUAGACAAUUUAUUGAUCAUAUAAAAUAAUAUAUUAUAAGUGUUUGUGUACGUGUAUUAUUGUUGUUAAGUUUUUAUUUAUUUUGUUGUACAAAUAAAUGUGUUCUUUUAAAUUAA